UCGACUCAGGUAACGAGUACAGUCUAUGCAGCAAGGGAAUUUUAUGGGACAUAGCUGUGGUUUUGGGAACUGUCCUUUUAGGAUACAGAAGGACUCCCCUAUACAGAGCAUAGACUCAUCCAGGACAGGGCCCGUUUAUGCCGUCAGAUAGCAGCAUACACAGGAAUACAGUGGCCAACAUGUCCGGUAAUCAAGUUCAAUCGGAUUAUCAUCUGGCUCCUUCAAUAAAUGAGGAACUAUCCCUGGACAUAUUUAACAUGCCACACAAUCCAAUGGUUUAGUAAGGAUUAUGAGUGUAUGUGAGGACAUCUACAAACUUUGUUAAGCUCCUUUGUUACAAUGGUAGUUCAGCCGUGUGUGGAUACAGAACCUGUGCUGGACGUGGACAAGGUGAAGUUUAUACACACAGCAUGCUGCAGAUGGACAUUGGCCUCUAUCAUUUUUGGAAGCACGGCCAUCAGUGUCACUGCAGGAUUAUUAAUUAUGUAUUUAACAACAACACAGAGCCUCACUGUGGUGCAUUCUCUGGAAUUACAAGGUCUUCAUUACGAUCCCAGUUUACAAAAUAGCAGCUCUAUGUACUACAAAUCCAUAACCACUACUUUACAGAGAAUGUUGAAAUCCAGUUUUAAGAAUACUGUUCUAGAAGAUAGUUAUGCCGGAUUUACAGUUUUACACUACAGCAGGGGGAAUGAAAGCAUUAUCGCCCAUCUUAAGAUGCAGUUUAUGUCUUCUGUCUACACUGAUGAUCGUGAGCGGAUUGAAGACACUCUCAGACAUGGCCUGGCUACCUCGCUGAGUGGACAGCCCAUCCCAGUGUACACUUAUGGGAACAUAUCAUCUGUUGUGCUUGCAGAUAAUAAAGGGAUAUCAUUUUACUCUGUAGGUCUGAAAUCAGGGAGUUGCCCUCCUCAAGUAUUUUCCUGCAAGAACAGCCAGUGCAUCACCAAGCAAAACCCAGAAUGUGAUAAUGUUCGCGACUGCAAAGAUGGCUCGGAUGAGAAGAUCUGCAACUGUGGUACUCGACCAGCAAUGAAAAAGUCCAACAGAAUAGUUGGCGGAUCAGAUGCUUCAAAGGGAGAGUUCCCAUGGCAGGUCAGUCUAAGGGAGAACAAUGAGCACUUCUGUGGAGCCACCAUCAUAAGUGGCAAGUGGCUGGUCUCCGCAGCCCACUGCUUCAAUGAUUUUCAGGAUCCAGCGGUGUGGUUGGCUUACAUUGGUUCUACGUCUCUGAGUGGAUCGGACAGCAACACAGUGAAAGCAUCCAUUAAAAGCAUUGUUAAGCACCCAUCCUAUGACCCAGACACAGCAGAUUAUGAUGUGGCUGUGUUGGAACUGGACUCUGAACUACGGUUCAACAAAUACACCCAACCAAUCUGCCUGCCAGCAUCCACUCAUGUCUUCCCAAUGGGCAAGAAGUGCAUCAUCACUGGAUGGGGAUACCUCAAAGAGGAUAACUUAGUGAAACCUGAAGUUUUACAGAAAGCUACAGUGGCCCUCAUGGACCAAUCACUCUGCAAUAGCUUAUAUAGCAACGUGGUAACAGACAGGAUGGUAUGCGCAGGCUAUUUGGAGGGCAAGAUUGAUUCAUGCCAGGGUGAUUCAGGGGGACCUCUGGUUUGUGAGGAAGCCUCAGGCAAAUUCUUUUUGGCAGGCAUUGUGAGCUGGGGAGUGGGAUGUGCUGAAGCCAGAAGACCUGGGGUCUAUGUGAGAGUAAGCAUGGUUAGAAACUGGAUUCAAGAUGUCAUUUCAGCACCUACCUUACUGGAACUAUACACAAGCUUAGUUACUACCACCAGUAGUAUAAAGAAGACAACCAACCCCAAAGCCACCACUGCACGACCGCUAACUAAGCAUUCCACAACCAAGUCUAAGCCAGGCAGCAGUACCCUGCCAGCAAAACCAACCCAGAAACCAAUCAGCACAUCCAAGCCUCAAGAAUGUGGCAGCCGUCCUGGGAUAACAAAACCCAACAAAAUAGUGGGAGGAUUAGAUGCUGUCAGAGGGGAAGUCCCAUGGCAAGCGAGUCUGAAGGAGGGUGCCCAUCAUUUUUGUGGGGCAACAAUAAUUGGGGAUCGGUGGUUGGUUUCUGCAGCUCAUUGCUUUAACCAAACUAAGUUGGACCAAGUCACUGCUCACAUGGGCUCCACUGCACUUAGUGGAGCUGACACUGUGGCUGUGAAGACCAGUUUGAAGAGGGUGAUCCAACAUCCUCACUUCAAUCCACUGACCCUGGACUUUGACGUGGCUGUGGUGGAACUGACGAGUCCCCUGACCUUUAAUAAGUUUGUACAGCCUGUGUGUCUUCCUUCUGCCUUGCAGAAAUUUCCAGCUGGUUGGAAGUGCAUGAUAUCUGGAUGGGGCAACAUCAAAGAAGGCAAUGUGUCUAAGCCUGAGGUUCUUCAGAAAGCGUCAGUGGGUAUCAUUGACCAGAAAAUGUGCAGUGUCCUCUAUAACUUCUCUAUAACAGAACGGAUGAUCUGUGCAGGAUUCCUAGAUGGAAAGGUGGACUCUUGUCAGGGAGAUUCCGGGGGACCAUUAGCAUGUGAAGAGAGUCCAGGUGUUUUCUUUUUGGCUGGUAUUGUAAGUUGGGGUAUUGGAUGUGCCCAAGCAAAAAAGCCAGGCGUUUAUAGCAGAGUAACAAAACUUAAAGACUGGAUCUUGGACACUGUGGCUCCUGUACUGAGGACUACUGAUAGUGGUAUGAACCUUCCCAAGUCCACAAAGCCUCCUACAACUCUAAGCACCACCACCACAAGAGCAUCAACUAUUCGACCACCAAUGUCCACUGGUCGUAGGACAACUACAGUAGCCAGAACCACUACAUCUCAAAUGAAAACUACAAAAAGUACUCCAAAGUCUACUACAACUAAAGCCACUAGCAAAAGGACAACUACUGCCAAGACUAGCACUACUGCUCCAAGGAUCACUGAGCCACCGAGACCCACUCAAAGACCAGUGCCAUGUACAUCUUCCACAUACAAAUGCUCCAACAGACUCUGCAUCAGCAAAACAAACCCAGAGUGUGACGGUAUCGCGGACUGCAACAAUGGUUCUGAUGAACAGAACUGUGAUUGUGGCUCAGCCCCUGCACUACCUUUUAAUAAGAUAGUGGGAGGCAGCGGUUCCUUGCGAGGAGAAUGGCCGUGGCAAGUUAGCCUGUGGCUGCGGAGAAAGGAGCACAAAUGUGGAGCAGUGCUGAUCUCGGACCGGUGGCUGCUGUCUGCUGCCCACUGCUUUGACAUUUACAGUGAUCCCAAGCUAUGGGCAGCAUACCUGGGUACCCCUUUCCUCAAUGGGGUAGAAGGAAGAGUAGAGAAGAUUUUCCGCAUCCACAAACACCCCUUUUACAAUGUCUAUACACUGGAUAAUGAUGUGGCCCUUCUGGAACUGCCUUCAACCCUCUCCUUCACAAAUCUCAUCAAGCCUAUCUGCCUUCCAGACACCAGUCACAGCUUCCCAGAGGGAACAAAGUGCUUUAUCACAGGCUGGGGCUCCACUAAGGAAGGAGGCUCGAUGUCAAGACAGCUACAAAAGGCCUCUGUUACCAUUAUUGGGGAUCAGACCUGUAAGAAAUUCUACCCCAUUCAGAUCAGUCCACGAAUGCUUUGUGCUGGCUUCAUGCAGGGAGGUGUUGAUAGCUGUUCUGGUGAUGCAGGAGGACCUUUAGCAUGCAGAGAGCCAUCCGGUCGUUGGUUUCUAGCUGGAAUAACCAGCUGGGGUUAUGGUUGUGCAAGACCUUACUUCCCAGGAGUUUACACCAGGAUAACAUCUGUCCGCAACUGGAUUGGACAGACUUUGCGAUUAUGAGGGUAUGGACUCAAGGAGAGGCAGAGCAAGAUAGCCAAAUGGAUAAAACAAGACACUUGCAGGACAGUGAUGCUGGCCUUAGUCAGAAGAUGGGAUGAAAACAAAAAAGGACAUUUACUCAUAUGCUUUUGAAGCAGAAAAUGUAGACUGUUUUCUAUAAAAUAAAUGUGACCUGCUAUUGUGACACCAAAA